AUGAGUAAAUUCCUCCAGUAUCAUACCUUUCCUCCCAUAUCUCUUGCCACACUCUGCCAACCUCUCAGUCGCAGCGGCCUAGGAAUCCUCGAUCCUCAAGUCCAGCAAGCCGCCCUACAACUGCAUUGGCUUUGUUGUCGGAUCCUUUCCCCCCAGCGACCAUCUGGUUUGGUUCCUCCCUGGUUUUCCUUUUUACUUCGCCUUCACUCUCACUCUGAACAUCCACUUCUUCCUCUUCUUUUCCCACCCCUCCACUCACCCCAUCAACGGGAUUAUAACUCUCCAUUACAUACUAUUUUUGCUGCAAUUGACAUUCUUCCACACGACUUCACAGCCGUUACUGUCAACCUACCUACCUGUCUCUCUCUUCCUCUCUCAGCCGUGUCUUUAGUGGAUUGCCGCCACGCAGUUCUUGCACCACGCCCCCUCCAUCGCAUCCCCCAUUGA